AUGACAGAUAUUAAUUUUACGUGUAGUAGAAGAUCAAAUGUCUAUUCUACAAGGGGAAUGAUAGCAUCAACUCAACCCUUGGCAUCAGCAGCUGGUGUAAAGAUUUUGGAGUUGGGAGGUAAUUCUAUGGAUGCAUCUGUUGCGGUAGCUGCCUGUUUAUGCGUUUUAGAGCCAGCGAGUACCGGAAUUGGUGGUGAUUGUUUUUGUUUACAUUAUGAUAGGAGCUCUGGGAGUGUAUUGGGUAUGAAUGGGAGUGGUAGGUCUCCCAAGGAGUUGACUAUAGAUAGGGUUUUACAAGCUUCUGAAGGAAAUAAAGAAAUGACACGUAUCCCAUUUGAUUCUGUCCACAGUAUCACUGUUCCAGGCACAGUGGCAGGUUGGUUAGAUUCAAUUGACAAAUUUGGUUCUGGUAAAGUAUCCUUGGCUCAAAUUUUGCAGCCAGCAAUCGAUUUAUGUGAAAAUGGGUUUCCAAUUAGUGAAAUUUCAUCCUUUCUAACCAGAAAGAGUUGGAAAAAAUUGGAAAAACAGAACAAUAUGAGAUAUGAUUUAAUUGAAGUGUUUACAAAGCACGGUGGUAGUAUUGCCGCCAGCACCGGGCCGACUUCUGGAGAUUUAAUAAUUAAUAAACCGUUGGGUAAAAUUUUCAAGAAAAUUGUGAAUGAGGGGAAAGAUGGAUUUUAUAAGGGGGAAGUAGCAAAAAUAAUUGUGGACGAAGUUCAAACAAGAGGUGGUGCAAUGAAAUUGUUAGAUUUAUCAAAUCAUGAAAGUACUUUUGUUGACCCUAUUUAUUUAGAUUUCAACGGGUAUAGAUUUUGGGAAACUCCACCAAAUAGUCAAGGUUUAGUGGCUCUAAUUGCGCUAGGUAUCAUUAGAGAAUUACAGAAUGAAGGUGUCAUUGAUAUUUUUCAAAUGAAGCAUAAUUCUGCAGAUUAUUUGCAUAUUUUAAUUGAAAGCUUAAAACUAGCAUUUUAUGAUUCAGACGAAUAUGUUUCUGAUCCGCUUUAUCAAGAUGCAGAUAUUUUGCCCCGGUUAUUAUCUCGGGACUACUUACUUUCAAGAAGUGAGCUUUUCCGUAAGAACAAGAUUUUAGAUUCUUCUAAGAUUACCCAUGGUAUUCCUGAUGCCGAUUUUAACCAGGGUGACACGGUAUAUUUUACGUGUUCAGAUGACGAGGGAAAUGCCACAUCAUUUAUUAAUUCUGUUUACACAAAUUUUGGAUCAGGUAUAAUUCCUAGUGGUAAUUUGGAUGACGGUGAAAUCGGUGAAGGGUUGGGGUUUUGUCUACAGAAUAGGGGAUCUAAUUUUAAUAUGAAAAAAGGAACCAAGAACAGUUUGGAACCAAACAAAAGACCAUACCAUACGAUCAUACCAUCGAUGAUUACAAUUCCGGAAAUAGUUAAUGGUGAAAAACGAGAAAGAUUGGCAUAUAGUCUGGGUAAUAUGGGUGGGUUUAUGCAACCCACUGGCCAUUUACAACAUUUUUUAAAUUUAACUAUUUUCCAAAUGACACCACAAGAAUCUCUGGAUGCACCACGUAUCUGCUUAUCACCGCAUCCCAAAUAUAAAGACAGAGGCAAUGGUUCAACAGGCCCUGUUUCUACACCUGUAACAUUGGUUAGUGUAGAAGAUGAGAUGUCUUUAGAUGUAAUUGAAGCAUUGCGUAGUUUAGGCCAUUGUGUGGAAAUUAAAUCGGGUUGGGAUAGAAGUUUAUUUGGUAGAGGUCAAAUAAUCAAAGUUGAUCACCCUUUUUUGGCACCUGGCUCUAUUAUAUAUACUGCUGGAAGUGAUAAGAGGGGGGAUGGUUGUGCAAUUCCGUUGGUCUGA